AUGGCCCCGCAGGGCUCUGAUUUCGGGGCUCUCCGAGGUGGGGUCCCCUCUAUUUCGGGGCUCUCCGAGGUGGGGUCCCCUCCAUUUCGGGGUCCCCGGGCCGCGCUGACCCCCGUGCCCGCAGGCGGCCGCAAGGACGAGGAGCUGGACCCGAUGGACCCCAGCGCCUACUCGGACGCGCCCCGGGGCACGUGGUCCACGGGGCUGCCCAAGCGCAACGAGGCCAAGACGGGCGCGGACACGACGGCGGCCGGGCCCCUGUUCCAGCAGCGGCCGUACCCCAGCCCCGGCGCCGUGCUGCGCGCCAACGCCGAGGCCUCGCGCGGCAAGGACUGACCCCGGCACCCCGAAAAUGGGCACCCCCAAAACGGGGAGCCCGGAGUGCCAGCGGGCCCGCCGGGGACACACACAGAUCUGGGGACCCCGGAAAUGGGAACCCCGAAACGUCACCGGGCUCUGCGGGGAGCCACAAAGCUCCGGGGACCCCAAAACGGGCACCCCAAAACCUCACCAGCCCCAUCCAGGAACCCACAAAACUCCAGGGACCCCAGAAUGGGCACCCCAAAACUUCCCCAGCCCCAUCCAGGAACCCACAAAGCUCCGGGGACCCCAAAAUGGGCACCCCAAAACCUCACCAGCCCCAUGCAGGAAUCCCCAAAAUGGGGCACACCCAAAACGGGCACCCCAAAACCCUCCCAAGCCCCUCCAGGAACCCACAAAGCUCCGGGGACCCCAAAAUGGGCACCCCAAAACCUCACCAGCCCCAUGAAG